AUGGCCACAUCGCAGUCGAACAGCGAGCUGCCCGUAAAACGACUACCAUUGCUUGCAGGUGCAAUCCCUCAUCUUUCUGGAAAUCCCAUGCUUCUUAUUGCCGCCCCACCAGCCUCUGAAUGUGCUAUGAACUUAACCCUCCAGUCAUCUACAUCAACAACUGCACUGGUAUCACCACCAUAUUCACACCAACUUUCAGACACCUGUGAAACACACUUUGGCCAAGUUGUAACUGCUUCGGUCGGUUGCAAUGAGAACUGUCAGCGUACUUCAAAGACUGGAUCUACCAUCACAGUAACAGGAGCUAUCAAACGAGAAGGCGAGGCGGCGGAUGCACUUUCUUCACAGAAAUGGGCUGUUAGUCCACCUGAAGCAGUUGUAGGUGUUGAGGUGGAUACUUUAUUAUCAGGUCCAAUAGAGCCUAGCCAGAUUAAGCUCAUACGUGUGCAUGAAUAUUUACUUGGCCUGCAAGCGAGCCCACCACUUGGGCUUUGUGAUAUUCCCACUCAGCGUAAGGCUGACAGUAGGAAGGUUGCCAAACAACCACGAAAAAAGGAUGUUUUUGACAUAUAA